AUGAAUCAGCUGCCUCCAAAUAGGUUUUCCACAAUCGUUUUUCUUGAUACGGAGACCACUGGGCUGCCGGGUGAGGGGUUCCAUCCGCGUAUAACAGAGUUGGCCUUAGUGGCUGUGAAUCGGUCCGAGAUGAUGGGCGACGGCUGUGCUUUACGGGCACAGAACAAGCUUGUUGUUUGUUUUAAUCCAAUGUCUAAGAUAUUGUCGGAGGCCUCUGUCAUAUCUGGCCUAAACAGCAGAAACCUGUACAAUCAAAAAGACUUUGACGAUAUGGCCGUGCAGCAAAUACGACUAUUUCUCCUCCGUCUUGAGCCGCCCUUGUGUGUGAUCGCUCAAAAUGGUUACCGUUUCGAUUUUCCUCUUUUAAACGCGGAGAUAUUCCGUGUAAUGAUGCGGUCGUAUGGAUUCAUUGAUUGCAGGGGGAACCCCGUGUACUGCACCGACUCCUUGCAGUUAUUCAGACAUUUUUCUGAUAAAUUGGUCCCGGUCAGCAGUGAUGUUUCUAAUUUGGAGGAAGAAGUGAUGACGACUGGUCCUCCUUUGAGUCAAUCAACACCAAAGAAACUAAGGAGGCCAUUUUCACUUGCCUGCGUCUACGAAAGUGUAUUUGGUUCAGUUCAUGAUGGUGCUCAUUCGGCCGAAGGUGACUGUAUCGCUAUAAUGAAGCUCGUGCAAUUUAUUGGGGAUCGCGCGCUCUCCUGGAUUGACAAUAACUACCGAAUACUUUCAAACGUUGGGAAAAUGUACAUCUGUGAUGAGGCGGAUGGACUUCCUCUGCCGACUGGGCAGUUCCCCCACGAGGUUGGUCUUGCCUCAUACGACUGCCCUAACUGA